AUGGCCGCUUUGAGCCCAUACGCGCUGCAGCGGCCACUCGAAGUGCUGCCUUUCUCACCGUCGACCCCGUGUCGCUGCGUGCGCCCUCAUGGGGGCCGUCGCCGGUGGAGGUUCCAGUUUAAGUCGGAGCAGGUUCUUGCAGCUGCAGCUUUAUGGAGCGUGCGACGGUGUAGGCGCGCGGCACAGACUACCACGCGGGUGGCCAAUGCCGCCAAAGAUGUGCAGGUCGCCGAGGAGCUGCUGGUCGCCUGUCGAGAUGGCAAGUCCAACACGGCUUUGCAACUCCUCCGCGAGAAACCCGACCGCGUCCGGGAGGCACUGCUACGCCCAGCCGCUCAAAGGCAACUGACACCCUUGCAGUGGGCCUGCAGCCGGAACUUGUAUGAGGUGGUGGAGCACUUGACGCAGCACUUUGUGGGAGAUGUUCGCCCUUCCAUCGACUACUGCCUCUUCAAUGUCAGUCGUCGCGGCUACACCAGUAUCGCCGAGCUGCUGAUCCAGCGCUUCCCUGCUGAGGCCGAAUCCUCGGCCCGGCGCGAUGUGGUCGAAGCCGCCAGGUCUGGGCAGGCCGGGAUUGUUCGGCUCCUUUCCGAGCGCUUUCCCAGCGCCGUCAGGGCCGUGGCUUCGGAGGCGCUGUGCGAGGCUUGUGGAGCUGCUUCGGCACAGAUUGCCAAUCAGCUGCUCAGAGACUUCCCGGAGGAAGCCCGGACUUCGAUGCAGCCAAAUGCAGCGGGCCAGACCCCUUUGCUGCGAGCGUGUCAGACGGGCUUGGUGGGGGUGGUAAGGCGCCUCUUGGAGCAGUUCCCCGAGGCCAAGGGAGCGCUGGAGGUGAAAGACUCAGCUGGCAUGACCCCUUUGGCCUGGGCCUGCGAGAACGGUCACGAUGCCAUCGUGGAGCUGGUGUUGCGAAGGUUCCCGAAUCUGGCGGAAGUGGCCCCGAUGGAGGAGCUGGAGGAGCUCGAGCAGAGCCCGGAGAUGAUGCAGCCGAAGAAUCGCGAGAACAUGGCAAAGAGCGGCUAUCGCCUCGUGGGGAGCCACAGUGCUGUGAAGCAGUGCCGCUGGACUCGGAAUGCCAUCCUAGGCCAAGGUCAGUGUUACAAGCACACUUUCUAUGGAAUCAACUCGCAUCAGUGCAUGGAAGCAACGCCCUCCGUGGCCUGUGCGAAUAAGUGCACCUUCUGCUGGCGAAAUCACGAAAACCCGGUGGCCACUUCUUGGGAUUUCAAGAUGGAUGACCCCGAGUGGAUCGUGCAGGAAAGCAUCCGCAACCACCUGGAACUCGUGGAGGAGGUCUCCAAGUCCCCGCACGCGCUACCUGACCGCGUCCUCGCAGCGCGUUCGGUGCGCCAUGUGGCUCUGUCCCUGGUGGGGGAGCCGGUGCUUUACCCCAAAGUGGCCGAGUUCGUGUCGUCGCUGCACAAGCACCGCAUCUCCACCUUCUUCGUGACCAACGGACAAUUCCCGGACCAACUCGCGGAGCUCCCCUGGGUGACACAGCUGUACGUCUCUUUGGAUGCACCAGAUGCUACAACCCUACGUGAUGUCGGUCGUCCCCUUUUCCGAGACUACUGGGAUCGCCUACGAAGGUCUCUGGCUGUUCUGCACGAAAAGCAUCCGAAACAAAGGACGGUCUGUCGAAUGACUGUGCUCAAAGGUGUGGCCGAGAACGAUGAGGCCUGUCAAGGCUAUGCCGACCUGAUCAAUAUCUCGCAGUGUGAUUUCGUCGAGAUCAAAGCUGCGACUUAUUCACCCGUGUGGGACAAGCGCAACUCUGGACUCUCGCGGGACAGUAUACCGAGGCACGACGAUGUGCUGCAGCUUGCUCGCCGCUUAGUCUCCAAGUUGCCCAUGUAUGGGAUUGCAGCUGAGCAUGAGCAUAGCUUCUGCAUCCUUCUCGGGCGUCGGGACCGCUUUUACGAGCCCUUUGGCGCGUGGAGAACCUGGAUCGAUUUCGACAAGUUCGCAGACGCCGCCGAGAAAGGAGAGACCCUGGACGCAACAGACUUUGCCGCUGAGACGCCCCACUGGGCCCUGCACCAGGGUAUAUCGAACCGGUACGAUGGGAAGAUCGGGUUCGACCCGCAGGAGGUGCGGCGCUGGCGCCGUCCGAUGCCCCGACUGACUCGAUGUGAGAAAAAGAAGCUGUGGCCAAAACACAAGAUGAUGGUGGACGUAGCCGUCCUCACGCCACAGGAAGGGCUCGACGAGGCCGCGCAAGCACAGGAGCUCUUAAAGCAGCCGCACGUCCGCAGCGUAACCAUCUUCGAGCCCGUGGGCACCGGGCACGACAAAGAAAGGGUCGGGGUGCGUUACGUGGCCGGUGACCGCGACCUGAACAUCACGUACAAAGAGGCUGGACUGGCUUUCAACGUGGACCUGGACCGGCGCCUGAGUCGGCUGAGCAAAUGCCAAGGUGGCAUACAUGAGCGCGAGCGCAUCUGUCAGCUGGUACAGCCUCGAGAGCGUGUUCUCGUGUUGGGCUCGGGUAUCGGUCUGACGGCCUGCCUGGUGGCAGCCCGGACCGCCUGCAGAGAGGUCGUGGCUUUGGAGCCCGACGAGGUGAAACACGAGUUUGCUUUGGCGAACAUCAAGGCGAACAAGCUUGACGGCAAGGUCUCCAGCCUUUGCCGCAGCUCACUAGAUGUUGAGGGCCUUGGCCGAUUUGAUCGCAUCUGUGCAUUCCUGAAGUUCCAACCUUUGGAGAACCUCCAGCAUCUGGUGCCGGCAAUAAGAGAGGGUGGGAUGCUGCACUUCUACAACCACGAGUCCAAGGAGGAAUAUCAACGUGAGCCUAUCGAACUACUGCGUUCCAUGGAGGGCAUGUGUGGAAACAGAGCUGUGGAAAUCACUUGGAAGGAGUGGAAGAAUCAGAUGGUUGACAUGCAAGCUGCUAUCGUGGAAUCGACCGAGGCCAAGCUGCAGGAGUAUGAAACUCGCUUUGAGGAGAUGCAAGUGACGACUGCCAGACUCGUCGAGGAGCCAAAAGAGAAGCUGGAGCCAAAGGAAGGGAAACAACUAAAGAUGGAAAAGCGAAGUGUGAAGGAGGAGGUCGGCCCCUCUAAGAGGUUGAAGCGCGAGACACAGGAUGAGCUCUUCAAGAUCCCGCAGGAUGACAUGAAGCAUGGCCUGACAGGAAAGGCGUGCUGCUUCCUCCUGUUGAGAAUCCACGGCCUGGCCGUGGACCACAAGCCCGGCGUCGCUGAAGAGAGGCGGCGCAUCGAGGCAUUUGGCGGAUGGAUGUCGAGGGAAGAAAUGACACCGGUUGUGGUCAUCGAGGACCGGCUACCGGAGGACGAGUUCGUGGUUCUCACCACUGAUGGCGUCACCAUGGUAUUGUUCCUGUAUCUUCAAGAUUUGUUUAUUCAAACUUAUUCAAAACGAAACCUUCCUCCUUCCUGCUACGACGGCGACGGCGACUACUGGAUGACGGUGAAGCUGGCAGUGGUCGUGUCAUGCUUUGGUUUUACUGGCAAGCUGCCCCCUGCCGCUGUCCUCCGGGGCAUUUUCCGGCGACUCGAGGUCAUUCAUACCGUCUACUUGGGAUGGUCGGCGGCUCAAGUUCUGGUGACUGGGCUUUUGGCCAUCUCCAACUUAGUUUCAGGUGGUUUCGAGUCCCGGGGCGUUGCAAGCACGCCCGCAGCACUGCUGUUCCGGCUUUUUUGCUCCCGACCGGAUAGCAACAUAAGCAUUCAUAGCCUGCGUACUGGUGCACCCGGCCGGAGGGCUCCGGACUCGCGAGAAAUGCAGAUCCGAUGCCGCUUUACCUUCCUCGAAGCGUUUGUGGAAGAAGGUUCCUCAAGCCUUCGACGGACUGUCAGUGAACCGCAUUCUUUCCGACCGACCUACAUCCAGGGUGGCGCUACCGAACAUGAGGACAUGCAAAGAGACCUGAAGGGUUGGGCCAGUUUCGGAAGCAUUGGACAUCCGGUUCUUUGCUUUCGGCCCUGUGUGCGCUUUGCCAAAGGAUUCUGCGCACAAGGCUCUUCUUGUGCCUACUGCCACGGGACGCACAAGCCUGUUCGGAUGCCGGAAAAGGAGGAUCGCAAGAUGUUGCGACGCUUGUCCGUGGCAGACCUCCUGAGGGUGACACUGAAGCCACUGAAGCAACGGUGGAGUUCGCCGAAUGCCAGCGCAAUUUUCGCUUUGCUGGCAGAAGAAGAAGAGUUUGCAAAGCGAGCUCUUCCCCAUGGUGAGGGUUGCCGGCUGUCGCGCACAGCGGUUUUGCAGCUGCGGCAACGUUUGCUUCGUGCUACGAUGAAUUUCCGCUCUUUGUUGACUUUCGUCGCCUGGAGAUGCCGCCCUGCCACUGCGAAUCAGCUCAUGCAGCUGAUGGAGGAAUUGUGUCUCGAGGAGCAGGGCCAGGAUCUCCGGAAAGCACAGCAAGCAAUCUACUUGCUCUAUUUGCUCUGCCCGAGAAAGGCUGUUGAUCUUGUGCACAAUCAAAGCUUGGGGAUAGCAUACAGCCAAUUCGAUGUCGGGAACUACGGCAGCAAGAAAGCCGCAGACGCCUCAACGAAAAGUUCCGGUGACUUGGGGUCAGUUUUGGUGGGCGGCAAAACCUACGUUUGGCCGAAGAGAGUGGUGAUCGUUGGUUAUGGGGUUGCCGCCCAUGGAAAUCGUCCAUCACCUCAGAUGGCAGACUUGUUGGAGAAGUUGGACAGGGAAAGUAACUUUUCUAACAAAUGGGAGGUUCGCUUGCAGGUGCAAAUGCACGUGUCGGCAGUGACAGUGACAGUCAUGGAUGGAAGCCAAGGGAGGCCCAAGGAGGAAGGUUUGGCAGAGAAUGUGGCCUAUACGCGCAUAUCAUGGAACAGGAUCUGCUGUUCGGCGGGAUGGCACAGGACGUGUGCCAUGAUUGCGUUGGUCAUGGCUCUCUUCCAAGUCUGUGGCAUCGAAUGCGUCGCAUGGUUGGACACUUUAGUCCAGAGGCACAGAAAGGACGAUUACAGAGCCAUCGCUGCCGAUCAACAGCACAUUAUCGACUUCGCCAAUGGCCAUGACGUGAAGCAGAAGCAUCUCCUGCCGUCCAUUGGUUGGUCGUCGCAUGAAUGGGGGGCAGCAUUGCAAAAUGCUUGGACCACAUGGACCGACCAAUUUGCAAAUCAGAAUGAUUGGGCUUCCAUUCAGAUGUGCCUGGACUCGAAUUCCGCAUUGAUUUGA